AACCUAAGCAUGAAAAGAAAGAACACUUCCAAACAAAAUUUAAAAGCUUCAAACCCAGAAUUUGUCUGUCACAUGCAUUCAAAUCGGGUUGCGUUAACUUGUCGGCGACCUAACCAACAUUUCUCACUCCAUCCAUGACUUCCGUUCUAUUUAUAGAUGUACAUCACAUACACUGUUUGAUUCAUGCCUCAAUAAUCUCCAUACAUUUGCGUCAGUCACUAGAAUUCUAAGAUGAUGAGCAGUUCUUCCUCACUAGUUCCGGUUCCGAGUCCCAAAAGGCUAGAAGGCAAAGUGGCAAUUAUCACUGGAGGUGCUAGUGGAAUUGGAGAGAGCACUGCAAGAUUGUUUGUCUUCCAUGGUGCAAAAGUCAUCAUAGCCGACGUCCAAGAUGAACUAGCUCUGUCCCUCUGCAAAGAACUCAACUCAGACGGAGAGUCCAUUUCGUACAUACGUUGCGAUGUCACUAUCGAUUCGGAUGUGAAAAAUGUUGUAGACGUGGCUCUGUCAAAGUACGGAAAGCUUGACAUCAUGUACAACAAUGCAGGCAUAUCCGGCAAAUUGGACCCAUCUAUUUUGGGAGCUGAUGCCGAGAACUUCAAGCAAGUGUUUGAUGUGAACGUCUACGGAGCUUUCUUGGGCGCCAAGCAUGCUGCUAGGGCAAUGAUCGCUGCUAAAAAAGGUGUCAUUCUUUUCACUUCGAGCGUGGCAUCAGCGAGUUGCGGCGAGUCUACGCACGCAUACACCAUGUCAAAGCACGCGGUGGUGGGACUUAUGAAGAGCUUGUGUGUGGAGUUGGGGCAGCAUGGGAUUAGAGUCAAUUGCAUAUCUCCGUGUGCCAUGGCAACCCCGUUGCUGACGAAUCUUAUGGGGAUUGAGAAAAAUACGGUCGAGGAGUUGAUCUGCGCUUCCGCGGUGUUGAAAGGAGCGGUGCCGAGGGCGGAGGAUGUGGCGGAGGCUGCGGUGUACUUGGCGAGUGAGGAGUCUAAAUUUGUGAACGGACUGAACCUUCUUGUGGAUGGAGGUUAUAGCACCACUAAUCAGUCUCUUAGUAUGGUUUUGAGGAAUUUAAUGUCCUCAAACCAGGCUUUGUAAGCAUUAUUCAUUUCUUGUGCUACUACUAUCUAGUCUGCUAUGUUUUGAUCCUUCGCGCUUUCUCUUUUUGAAGUAUGAAUCUUCAUUUCAAUACUCGUCAUUCUCUCUUUUAUGAAACACUGACCUAAUGAGUUGUAACGAGUUAAUUACACAUGCACUCUUAUGAUUUAAGUGAAA